AUGCAAUCCGAGGUUGGAGUCCCUUGGCUUCAUCCUGCAUGGGCAAUCUUCUCCUUCUUCUGGGCCUUCAUAGAUGCUUACGGAAUUGGUGCAAAUGACGUUGCCAACUCGUUUUCUACCGCUGUUGCAUCAAGAACCAUCACACACAAACAGGCUGUGGCGAUCGCCUUGUUCGCAGAAGCGUUUGGUGCAAUUGUUUUGGGAUCAAGCGUCACGGACACAGUGAGGAAGAAGAUUGUAGACGUGUCACGAUUCUACGGCGAACCAUACGUCCUGAUGAUGGGAAUGGGCUGCUCGUCUCUAGUUGGGGUCGGCAUGGCGGCGUUCGGGCUCCCGGGAGUCAUCUGGGACUACCAGCAGGGAGGCGUCGCUAGUAUCGUUGCUUCCUGGUUCAUCUCGCCAUUCUGUGCUGGAGUUGUAGCCUCAACCUUCUACUCGACCCUCAAGUACUUGGUCUUGAAGCACGAAGGAGAGCUCUCCUUCCAGAAAGGUCCGGCGCUCUCCUUGGACAAACUCCCGUUACCUGCGUCCAUCACCAUCAUCAUCGCCAUCGCCGCUGCUGGAUUUGUCUUCUCCAUCCGCUACCUUGUGCCAUGGUGCAGGAGAGUCAUUGAAAAGAAUGAAGACAUCCCCUGGUACAGGAUGUUCGACAUGCCUCCGGAGAACGAGGAUGCUGAGAUGGAAGUGGGGCAGAACGGCAGCAUGAUAGUGCAUGAGUCGGGCGAACAAGCUGCUGUGAACGGAUCCAAGGACACUGAGAGCGAGAUGAAGGAGCAAGUGAGCGAUGAGGGGGUAGAGGCUGAGCAAGGAGGAGACAAGAGCAGGAGAUGGGCUCUGACAAUAGCCGACAAGUUCGUCGUUGACGUGUCAGAGCAAGAGGUGGACGAGACUAUCGACCAGAGCGUUGAGAAGCAUGACUCCAACACUGAGAAGCUGUACAAAGUCUUGCAGGUGGGAACAUGUUCGUUCGCCUCUCUUGCACAUGGUGCCAAUGACAUUGCGAACUCCAUCGGCCCUCUCGCUACGGUUUGGAUGGUUUACUCGACAGGACGAGCCACUUCCAAGGCCCCCGUCCCUGUAUGGAUCCUCGUCUACGGUGCCGUUGCUCUUGACAUCGGCCUGCUGACUUACGGCCAUCACAUCAUGAGGGCGCUGGGCAACAAACUUACCUAUCACUCACCCUCGCGAGGUCUCAGCAUGGAUUUAGGAGCGAUGUUCACUGUCCUCACCUUCUCAAAGCUCGGUGCGCCCAUUUCUACAACUCACUGCAAGUGCGGAGCCACCGCAGCCGUUGGCCUCUGCAGCGGCGACUGGCGAUCAGUGAACUGGAGGAUGGUGGCAAUCAUCCUCUUUGGCUGGAUCCUGACGCUGCCUUGCGCGGGCCUCAUGUCAGGGCUGCUCUUCUACCUCGUGGCGACUGGCCCAAGACCCGAGGCUGGCAGCGGCUUCUUCGGAUCCCAAUGA